ACUGGUACGCUGGUGAACGACUCACGUGCGGAGGGUUACCAGGGCGACUCGGCAGCACUGACCGGCAGCUAGCAGCAGCGCGCUUCAGCCAGGGUGAGGGCGGACACUUGCACCGCGCCUGCUGGUCCUUCCGAGAACCAUGGCCGCAGAACCGCGAUCGGGGGCGUACGGCGGCGGCUGCAGCAGAGGCGGCGAGCCCGUGGCGUAGUGCGUCGCGCCGGCCGGCGAUGUAACACAGUAUGGGGCGGCAGCGACUGCGCUCCGAGGAAUGCUGGUGCCCCCUUCGUGGCUACUCUUCGGACACCAACCCCACGUAACGUCCGACCAAGAUGCCGUAGCUCUUGCUCUGUUCCAUGGGACAGACUUUAUGUGAAAAUCAAGUGACUCUUAGGUAUUAACGAACGUUACGAACUUCAUUUACGAAAAAGAAACGAACCGAAAGUUUCUUAGAAAAGCUUAGAAAAUACGCUAUAGGAUGAUACUACAAUACCACUUAGGAAAUUGAUAAUUUUUUUUUUUUUUUCAAACGAUCUCUCGCCUUAGAAUUUUCUAGUGUGCACUGCUUUCCCUGUGCCAUUCGCAACCGGCGCAGAGCCGCAGGGCUAAAGUUUAAAUAUAUUAUAAUCCCGCAAUUGCUCGAGUGAAAACUGAAAUUGAGGUGCUUCUGCACGAUUUAUGAGACUCGGGGGUAUGUUCGGCGGAGAUUUCUGAUCGGUGCCGAGUCGGAUUAGUUGUGGCGCUCGCCGCUAGGAGGUCGGCUCGGGCUGGUCAAGAUGGCGGCCGGCGGGUGUACCGGCAGAGGCGACUGGCGAAAUGGUGAGCUGGCAUGGUGGCUGCUCUGAACCGCCUGCAGCAGCAACACCAUGGCCGACCUGCCCGACCUCUCGCACCUCACGCCCGAGGAGCGGCGCAUCAUCGAGUCGGUGAUGAUGCGCCAGAAGCAAGAGGAGGAGCGCGAGAACGAGAUCAUGAGGCGCAAGCAGGACGAGGUGCAGGUCCUGGAGGAGACGAUCCGCGCGCGCAGCGAGCAGCAGAAGAAGGCGGGCGUCGAGCUGGACGCCACGUGCCACAUCUGCCUCAAGACCAAGUUCGCCGACGGCGUGGGGCACAUGUGCAACUACUGCAACAUCCGCUGCUGCGCGCGCUGCGGCGGCAAGGUCACGCUGCGCUCCAACAAGGUGAUCUGGGUGUGCAUCCUUUGCCGGAAAAAGCAGGAGCUGCUGAGCAAGACUGGCCAGUGGAUCAACAAGGGCAUGGCGGCCGGCGACCACGCCAUCAUCCGCCGCAUCGAGGCGGACCUGCACUUGGGCAGCCAGGGGCCGGGCACGGGCGGGGAAGGCCUCGGAGUCGGAGUCGGGGGCGGGAUCGCGCCGGAGGCGGGCGCCGUCCCCGGGGGCGGCGACAAGAGGCCCAAGCUGGAGCGCGCGCACAGCGCUGCCGAGAAGGAGAACGUGCCGUCGCUGCUGCAGCGCUCCGGCAGCGUGCUGCACCGCCAGUACUCGCAGCAGGAACGGCUGUCGGGUGCGGCGCCCGCCCCCGCCCCCGCCUCCGCCCCCGGCGCCGCCCCCGGGCCCGGCUCCGUGUCGCCGCACCGCCAGCAGCAGCAGUACCGCGAGGAGGAGAUCCGCUACUACCGCGGCGAGCUCGAGGGCCUGAUGCGGUCGCAGCAGUACCACCAGCCUGCGGCGCCGCCGGUGCCCUCCUACCGCAACGACUCGUUCAGCUCGGAGCAGUCGUCGUCCGUCGACGUGACGAGCGCCGUGCCCGCCAACAACAAGAAGCACAAGCGCAGCGGCUCCGCCAAGAAGAUGAGCCCCGCGGCCGUGGGGCUGGCGCCGCACCACCAGCAGCAGCAGCAGCACUCCUUCUCCAGCUCCGACGACGAGCUCAGGUCGACGCCCGAGUGCACCAGCUGCGAGGAGCACGACAGCGAGAAAGUAGGGAAAGUAGAAAACUAUCAGACUCGCCUGCAUCACCAUCGCCACCAUUCCAAUACCCACCACAACAACCACAAUCAUUAUGCAUCUCACAGAGACUCAAGACAUUCCAGCAACGGUAGCCGGCACAGACACGAAACUAGGAAAGAAGUGGAGAAAUUUCCACGUGAUCUCAACGAUUAUCGUGAUCGAUACUUUGCUUUUCGUGAUAGAAUAGUGAAAGAGUGUUCAGAACUGUGGGAAGAAGGAGACAGUCGACGUUUCACAGAACGCAGAAAGAAGACUGUGCGCUUUGACCGUCCUGAUCGGGACUGGAUGAACCUUGGAAGUGCUGUGCGAUGGGGUGCAGAUCGCCAGGGUUCUCAGGACUCACAGACCAAAGAUUCUGGGAUCGACACCAGUAGCACAUUUACAUCUAGUGAGGACUCUAAUCGAGGAGAAGGGCCAAAGCAUCCAAUGUCAUGGCAAGUUAGUGCUGAUGGUACACGGAUGAUUGGUCACAUGAUACUCAAGAAGACUGCACGUGAAGGAAUGGGUCCCAGCUCUUCUGCUGCUAUCCUGGGUCUCAAGGUAGUAGGUGGCAAGCUGCUGGAGAAUGGAGGGCGGGGGGCAGUGAUCGAGAAGGUCAAGAAGGGCAGUAUAGCUGAUGUAGAGGGGCAGUUGAGGCCAGGUGAUGAAGUUAUAGAAUGGAAUGGUCGUUCCUUACAAGGGAAAAGUUUCCAGGAAGUAUAUGACAUCAUCGCAGAGUCAAAACAGGAGCCUCAAGUGGAACUUAUAGUAUCUCGUUCCCUAGGCAGUCGGAGAGCAUCUCAAGCCCCUUGGAGGCAGGCUCACUCCUCACCCACCCCCGUCCAUAAAGAUUUGUAUGAUAGCCGACGAGACAAGCCUAGUGUUCUUGUGACAUCUCCUGGCUCACCUGAGCUACAUAUGCCCUCUCGAUCUUCUCGCCCACCUCGCCUUGGAAUGACUACUGUGAAUCCAAAUGUUGGUGGCAGAUUGCAGGUAAAACUGUGGUUCGACUCUGGGGCACUGCAGUUAGUGGUGACAGUCGUGUGUGCAGCUGGCCUUACACCACGGAGUAAUGGACAACCUAGAAACCCAUAUGCAAAGCUUUUUUUGCUACCUGACAGGAGUGAGAAGUCUAAAAGAAGAACGAAGACUCUUGCCAAUACAAAUGAUCCAAAAUGGAACCAGACAUUUGUAUAUUCUUCAAUACGGAGAGCUGACUUGAAACUUCGAAUCUUAGAAGUGACUGUCUGGGACUAUGUUCGUUAUGGGGCCAAUGAUUUUUUAGGAGAGGUGGUUAUAGAGCUCAGUGUAGCACCCUUAGAUGAAGAACCUGAAUGGUAUUAUCUGAGUGCACAUGAAGAAAUUCUUCCCUCCCAUGGGAAUAGGCGGGAACCAGGAGAUGUGGAGCUGGCACUAACACCAACAGAUCACUUGUCCCCCCCUAGUACAACAUCACGAUUGUCUGAUUCGGACACAUCUGAGUGUGAUUUAGAUGAUAUGGGGCGUGAUCGGAGGAUAGCAGAUGGAGCCUCUAUUAGCAGUAUAGGCAGCUCUUCAAGCUCUUUUUGCAGUCCCCCUCCUGAAGUUGAAAUGACAGAGCCAAGAAGAUCUCGAAGAGAUAUGCCCACUCAGGGAAGAAAAAGGGCUGCAAUUAUGAUGAGUCGGGACAAAGUAUCCAGUUACCCAAAUCAGCGGAAAAAUGGGGGUCAGCCAAUGAUGAGUCAACGAUCGCAUUCCGCUGCACCGACUGAUUCACCAAGUUUGCACUCUCGUAGCAGGUCCAAGAGCCCACGUCGAAUUGGUGAUCAUCGUAGCUUAUCUCCUCCAGAAGCAAGAAUGCAUUACCAUGGAUCCGCUGUCCCAUCGCACGCAUAUGUUCCAAGGUUUACCUCUCGAUCUGCCACUGCAACGCCUACUGGAUCACCAAAGAAACGCCAACUUCCACAGAUACCUCAUGCGCUACCAAAAGCACUGAAGGAUCGUGUAGUAAAGGAUAUGGAAGAACGAGCUCAGAUGAUGAAACAGAGAAUGAAGCUGAUGCAGGGCCAACGAAGUUCAGGCAUGGGUGGAUGGGAUCAUCAUUACACUGGACUUAGUGACAGUGAUUUACCACGAAGUACAAUGCCACCAUCCAGAAUGCAUCGGUCACCAGACAAAGAUAUAAUGGGUGACUUUGGUGAUAGCGAUAUUGAGAGUGUUGUGAGUGUGACAAGCAGUGCCUUCUCAACCCAAUCUGAGCGACCGCGUGGCUCCAGGGGUCUCAGUGACUACGGUGGUGGAAGCAGUGGAGGUGUACAACGUGUAAUGGCCCACCACAGUAGUGCUCCAGGUGGCAAUGGGUCAGGAACAAAGCGUGGAACAUUUACUCGGAGUUUAUCCAAUGCUGAGGUUCCACCUGAUGAAAAAACAGCAGAUGGUAGUCUGAGUGACACAGCUGUCGGACAGCUGCAUGGUUUGGAUAAUUCACGCCGAAAACCUGCAUCAACUGGUGACCGGGGCAGCAGUAGUGGAGGAAGCAAAGGCAGCAGUUCUGGGAGCCAGUUUUCAGGACUGAACAAGAAGAGCAGCUCAACAUCUCAGCUUUCAGCAACAGGUCGGAAACGUAGGUUAGGUUUCGGGCGAAAAGGCAAAACUUCAUUUACCGUCCAUAGAAGCGAGGAAGUUUUACCUGAUGAUGUGCGGCACCUGGUCAAACAGGGUUCGAGUGCCUCAAGCGACGGGGAGGGCUCACAAGAUGGAGACAGGCUGGCGCAAGAUGGUGGUCAGCUGUCGGAUUUCAUUGAUGGCCUUGGUCCAGGUCAGCUUGUUGGCCGGCAAGUGCUAGGAGCACCAGCACUGGGGGAUAUACAGCUCAGCAUGUGCUAUCAGAAAGGCUACCUGGAGGUAGAAGUUAUACGAGCCCGUGGAUUGCAGGCUAGGCCUGGCUCAAAGGUGUUGCCAGCACCCUAUGUCAAAGUCUACCUUGUUAGUGGAAAGAAGUGUAUCGCUAAAGCAAAAACUGCAACUGCGAGAAGAACAUUGGAUCCCCUUUACCAACAACAGUUAGCCUUCAGAGAACCAUUCCAGGGCUGUAUACUCCAGGUGACUGUGUGGGGUGACUACGGGAGAAUCGAGGGCAAGAAAGUUUUCAUGGGCGUUGCUCAGAUAAUGUUGGAUGACCUGAAUCUGUCCAACAUUGUGAUUGGCUGGUACAAGUUGUUUGGAACCACAUCAUUGUGAGAAUGCAGUGCUGAGGAGAGCAGCAGGCAGGAUUGCAAGAGCAGCAAUCACCUCUCAUUAAACUGAUUUGUGAGUGAUCUGAUUCCAACGAUGUGCUAAAACAAUUUUGAAACUCCACAAGUCCUUUAUAUAUGUAUAUAUGUAUUUAUGUGAGUAUGGGGUAACUGAAAGCAGGUAGAAAGGCAAGGAAAGUUGCAGGUUUUACUUUUACAUAUGUGACUUUAUGAAAUAGACUGUAAAUAACUGACAUACAGCUUGCAUGCUGUCUUCUGUUUUGUUUACCUUUUCGUCAUGUACUUUCUGUACUACCAUUCCAAGAAUGACAUCUCCAAAUAAGCACAGCCUUUUGCUAUCUCUUGUGUUCUCAGUCAUGGGAGUGAUGUAAAAUUUUGAUACCACUGUAAAUCUUCAAUUCUUUGAUAACAGAAGACUGUGCCUGCAUGAAAAUUCGUUCACAAAAUUAUCAGGAAACAUUGAGCUUUAAAUAACAUAUUCUGUCUGAAUACAAUAAUAGUCUUGUCAAUAAUACAGUGGUGCUGGCCACAUGCAAACAUGAAUACAUAUAUAUGUAUUGUUAUUCUGUGGUGAAGCAAAGUGAAAUGUAAAUACAGUGAUAAACCUUACAAAUAAUUUGAAAUAGGAUGCACAUAGCGUGCAUGAAUUUUUGAAGAGCUGUAUAAAAUAAUUUCUAUGGAUGUAAUGGAGAUAAACGUGUAUAUAUCAUGUGUUUGCGUUUGUGAGAGAGAAUGUGCGUGUGCUUUGUGCAUAAAGUUCAUAAAAUUAUCCGACAAUGGGAAAUAAGACUUUGUAUAUAGCAAUUUGUGAUGCAUUGAGGGAAACAGUCUUAGACUGAACUAUAUAAAUAACAGAACAUUUAAAAAAUUCUCAAGCCUUCCAGACGUUUCAGUGAAUAAAAACUUAAAAUAUAAAGAAUUUAAUGAAUGACGUUUGGUUGUUUAUAAAAAUGACAAAAAUUAUAAAAAUAUAAAAACUCUCAACACUGCAAAACGAAAAAAGUCAAAAGCUGUGAACAAGCGGAAGAGUGAAUUUGUGGAAUUUGUGUGGGCCAUGUUUUGUCCUUUUUUUAUUCCAGUGAUACCUAGCAAAAAGACAAACAGCUGAAAAUUGUAACUAUUGUAUUUUUUAAAACAUUAUUUUUUAAGAAAAUCUAAUACAACAAUACCAAAAUUAUAAUUUUCUUUUUAUUCAGUAAUUUCUUACUUUGUCUAAAAUUAUAUGAUGUGGAAGUGUGAUUGCUUACUCUCAUCAUACAUAGUUUGUCAGUAGAAGAGCAAACUUCCCAUUGAACCAUAUUCUAUAGCCUUUAAGGAUUAGCAAUACAGUAAAAUGCUUUUAUUUUACUAAUGUAUUGCCUGUACUCCCAUCUGAUUAGGAGCAUAACCUAUAUAUAAAAUCACUACAAAUUACAAAUUUUCUUUCUAUCAUUGUUAAUAUGUUUAAUAUUUAUUUUGUCUCCUGUCUGAAAUUCUUCCAUGAAUGCAUCUGCCAAAUGAAACAAUUUAAAGAGAACGUUUUGUAGUAUAUACUUAUAGCCAUCAAAAUUCAAUGCUCCUCACAAAAUUUAAUAAUAUUGCAAGAAAUCCAUGAGAAGGUUACAAAUAAGUGAGAAGUUUUCCCUUUACAGAGUCCUUACAGAUAAAAGCAAGUAUGUUACGUAUUUAUGAUGGUGAUGGUGGUUAUGACAAUAGUAACAAAUGAUUUUGAAAUAAGUUUAAAUACAAUAUGUACAUAUAUAUAUGAUUAUAUAUAUCUAUAUAUCUAUAUUCAAAUUAUUAUAAGUGAUACCUUCAAGAGAGUAUUACUACAUGUAUACUUAAAAUGACUUGCUUGUUUAAAAGUUUUUGACACAUUUCAUGAAAAUUUGAUAUGGUAUGGAGUGCAAUUUUAUGAUGCACAAAAGAUAAAUUCAAAAUAUACGUAUUAUCACGAUGUGAGCUAAAUGUGUGGUAUACUGUCAGAUGUUUUCCCUAUCCUUAAAGGCAUUCAGAAAAACCCAAAAAAGGGGCCUUCCUAUCCUUAUUAAAUAGAUUUCCUUAACAAGUAUCAUGCUUCAGACAAGUACAAUUCUUGUGAUCUUUGUGACCAUUUGUAUGAAAAAAUAUGAAUAUGUCAGACUGUGUAAAGGACUGUUGAUAAUGUUCAUGGAUUGGCUGAAUCACUAGUGAUAAUAAUAAGUCUUCUAAAACAUGUAAGGAAGUAGUGUCUCUUCACAAGGAGUUAAAAUUCACUUCUUGCGAAAAUUCUGUCUUUCAACAGUUCACCUAGGUGGCAGCUGUAAUUGAUAUUUUGCAUUUGGACCUUUAUAGAGGAAUCACUUCCUCUACAAGAUAUGAUUUGUUUCAUUUCAUUUAAACCACUUAAAUGCUGUUUGUGAUUUACUUGCUGGUAUCCUCAUUUUAUUUCUUUUUCUUUUCUUCUUCCUAUUCUCUUUCUUAAAAAAGAAGAAAAAGGGAGAAGAAAAGUGCUUGUAUAUGUUUUGUAGUUCACUGUACAUUGCUCAAUUGGAAGUAACCUAAAUAAUGUAUUUACUCAUUUGUUGUGUACCUGAGAGUAUAAUGGCUUUAGGAUGAAUGGAACUUUGUAAAAUUUAUCAAGUAAUUGCUAUUAAUGUUACAAUUACAGCUUAAUUCUGAGCUGCAGUCAGAUGAGCAACAAGUUGCCCAAUUAUUAUUAAAAUAUUUGUAAUAAUUUUACUAAAAUACUGCUUCCCCCAUCCCAAUUUUAUCUUUAUUUUUAUUGUUUGGUGGCAUUAUACUGUCCUCAGUCUCAUACAAGUAACAGUUUUGUUACCAGUAUUGCUUAUUACAAGCAAGAAACCCAUUGCCAUCUGUUAAGUUAAAAUAAGAUACAUUGAUAAAACAAUUUCCAUAUGGUCAUCUGAAGGCAGUUCAAAAUCUACAUUGAAUCCUGUGCCUUAAAUAUUUUCCAGGUCAUGGAAAUCAGGAAUUAUAAACUUUGUAUUUUAAAGUUAGCUUCUGGUUCACAUCAAAGGUCAUAAUGAUCAUUUUCAGUAAUGAAUAAUCUCUUGGUUAUGCCAAACCACACAAAUAUUAUUCCAGACAUGGCACUGUAAUAUUUAUUGUUGUACCCUAUCACUGUCACAUUACUGUUGUAUAUUUAGUGUGAAUGAGUUCAGACAUAAAGAAUCACAAACAAAUAGGAAUAUAGUAGAUACUGCCAUGUGAGCAUUUUGAGGUUCUAUAUUCCGUAGUCCUGUCUACUCUUCUUAAAAUAUACAACUGUUCAGACAGCCAAAUUUGAAAAAUUGAAACUAUGAACCUUUUCCAAGCCUUAUGAUGUGAGACAUAACAUGAGAAACAAAUUAUGUAACUUUUCAUUUAUCAAUUCUUCUUUUUUAUGUAUUGUUGCUUAUUAAGGAAUUUUUUUAAAUACUUUCAAAUAUGGACAAAAUUUCAGAUAUGAAGGUACAUUAUGUACCUCCUGCUGAACCUAAACAGUUGAUUUUUAUUUUUUAUUUAUUUUUAUCUGCAGGUGAUAUUAUUUCAAAAUGUUAUGUAGUUCUUUUAUUGACUACUUUUUCUAACACAUACCAUAAAAAUUUUGUCUCGUUUGUUCUAAUUUUGUUAAUCCCGGAAAAACACAUGUCAUAAAAAUAUGUUCAACCAUGUUAUUUUGCAUCCAUCCUUCUGCACAAUAUGACAGUGAUGUACAAAUUUCUGUGGUGUUUAGGACAGGUCGGCCCCUUAAAUUUGCCUGUUAAAUAUCUCCAAAUGAUGUUAAACAAUAGAUAUUUAAAAACUGUAUGCUUUUCUUCGUGGUAUUUUAUGUUAUCUGCCCUUGUUUUGAAUGGAUGUAUGAUAGGUCCAUUAAUUGAGAGGAAACUUGAAUAAUGUUGUGAUAGUGUCCUUAUUUGCACAACAUUGUUACAGAUAUGAGUAAAAACCAGCUUCCACUUGUAAUAGGGCAAGUAUAAUAUUUCAUUUUUGUUAACUGGGAAAAUAAAUAAAUAUUCACACAGAGAGCAGUAUGAGGGGCUUAACAAAAAUAAUAACCAGAAUUUAAUUAAAAAGUUGCACUAGACAACAUUCUUGAAUGAGAAAAUGUUUCUAUGCAAUACAGUACCUUGCUUUGCAACACUGGGUAUUGUACGAGGAUAUCAUGAGCUUUGGAGAUAUAGAGUAGAUAAUAUGAGAGCAAGACGUGACAUUAUAAUAAGCUGCAUUAUUAAUAAAUUGUAUGUUGAGUUAACAUAUAUGCAUAUCCAGCUUUCUCGACUGCAUAUGUUAAAUGAGAGCUCAUCUUUUAUGGAAAGAAAAUUGCAAAAAAUGAUAAAUAUUGUCAUCAUCACUGUAGACUGAGUUUACAGUUAAUCAGAAGUACCAUAUUUUUUGUUACUAAUGUGAUACAUCUAUUGUUUACUCAUACCAAUUUCAUUUGGAGAUAAAGUGAUGAGAACAAAUGAUGUUUGUGCACUGGAACAAUAUUGUAACAGGUGAUAUACCUGUGUGUGUGGAAAAAAAGCUCAAAACAUUUUGUUAUUAAAUGCAUUUUAUAUGAA